AUGCCUCAACCUUUUGGUUUUAUUGAUGGAACUCAUAUUCCAAUACGAAGACCUUUAGAAUCUUCACAAGACUACUUUAAUUACAAAGGAUUUCACUCUAUAUCUGUUCAAGCAAAUUGUGACUCAAAAAGAAUGAUUUCAAACAGUAUACCUAUAACUUAUCGAGAAUUGCUGCCAGGCUUUUGCAAAGUUCCAUGCUAUGUAAUAGGUGAUCCAGGAUAUCCUCUUUCAACUUUCUGCUUAAAAGAGUAUUUGCACUGCCAAAAUAACAAUCAAGUAGUUUUCAAUACCUCGCUUAGAACUGCAAGAAAUCAAAAAGAAUGUGCUUUUGGUCGCCUUAAAGCACAAUGGAUAAAAUGUAUAACAGUAGACGAAGAAGUUUUCAUAAAUAAUAUUAAAGAAAAUAUUAACUCUGACAAAGUUGAUUAUAUUUAUUCUUGCAACACAGAUGAAGGAUCAUUAAUAAGAGAAGUAAUAACACAGUAUAUUUCUGGAUGCAACAAUAACUCAAUAUAA